CAGUCUGAAAGAGUGGCCGCAUCGGGCGCGAACAACGAACAAGUAGGUAGUUUGAAGUUGCUGCGAAAUCUGUGGCAUUUGAAAUGAAUCGCGAAGGAAAUAUGAGCAGCCAUUGCACAGGUGAUAGUUCACCGACACCAGGAAAGCUUUGUGUUCAUGUGGAAGCGCAGAGGUCACGAGCCAGCUUCCUCUCAGACAACAUAAUCAGUGCACGUGUUGAAGAACUAGUGAGACAGAGAGGUUACCCACAUAUUUUGACCAAUUUUGCUGAAACUGAUCUUGCAGGUGAAUUGGACAAAGUAAUAACCGAGUACAAAGAUGAGGAUAUGGGAAGACUGGACUCUGCUACUCUUGUAGUCCACGUGUACGAGUUGAAUGAUGAUAAUGGGUUGGAAGAGCUUGAAGAUGGCAUGGCUGCUGCAAAUCACUGGGUUCUUCCUUCUGCACAUCUCGAGGGCCUUUGGGAGAGCCUCAUUUAUGAAAGUCCAAUAAAACGUGAGUUGUUGAGCUAUUCUUCCACGGCCCUCCUGUUUGCUGAUAAGCAAGUGGACCCUAACAUCAUAGCCUGGAACAAGGUUGUGCUUUUGCAUGGACCACCUGGCACAGGGAAAACCUCCUUGUGCAGGGCUCUUGCGCAAAAACUUACUAUUAGGAUGCGCUCUCGUUUCACUUGUGGUCAGCUGUUGGAGAUCAAUAGUCACAGUCUUUUCUCCAAGUGGUUCUCAGAGAGUGGAAAACUUGUAAUGAAGCUGUUUCAGAAGAUACAGUGCCUCAUUGACGAUGGAACUACUCUUGUGUUUGUCCUCAUUGACGAAGUUGAAAGCUUGGCGCACUGUCGUAGCACGGCGAUUGGUGGAAAUGAGCCAUCGGAUGCAAUUCGUGUUGUCAAUGCCUUGCUAACACAAAUUGACAUUAUGAAAAGAUACCCAAAUGUUUUUAUUCUUACAACCUCUAAUAUCAGUGGUGCCAUAGACCUGGCCUUUGUAGACAGAGCUGACUUCAAAUAUCACCUUGGAUAUCCCAGCGCUAAAUGCAUCUCAAAGAUUAUUAUGUCCUGCUUGAAAGAGCUUCACAGGGUGUCUGUCAUAAAUGAAAACAUGAGUCUCCUUGAAAGCAAUGAUGAUGAGGGGGUUGAUGGAUUGCAGUCCUUGUUCAACUCCUUGUGCCACAGAGCUGUUGGCCUGAGUGGAAGACGGUUGCGAAAACUGCCUUUCAUAGCUCAUUCCAUCUGUACUGUGGACGGUGCACUGACGCUAAAGGCGUUCCUGCUUGCCCUGUCUGAAGCUGUCGACCGCCAGUUGCAAGAAAAGAAGGAGAUGACCAGUUGCAUGGAUGCACGAUAACACCUCUUCUGCACAGGCAGAACGCCCUAGUUUUAUUUCUGGACAAGUGUCUUCCAGCUGUUAAUAAAAAUAUUAUUUUCUUUUAUGCAA